AUGGUUAUAGCAGAAGCCAUUGUUUCUGUAGUCCUGACCCAGAUGAGUUCCAUCACCGCCGAAGAGCUCAAGAAACACGGGAAGCUUGUCCUCGGCGCUGCGAAAGAUGUGGAGAAGCUCAAAUCCACUUUCACCGCCAUCGGAGCUCUGCUGUUGGAUGCAGAAGAGAAGCAAUGGAAGGAUGAAGGCAUCGAAAAAUGGUUGAAGAAGCUCGAGGACGUCUCCUACGAGAUUGAUGAGCACUGGAGAACCAAGAUCCUCAAGCGUCAACUCAAAGGAGGCGGCGGCGAUCAACACGCUCGGCACAACUCUCUGUCGAGCACCAAGUCCUCCGCAAGUUCUCUAUCCGACUUGAUUUCGAAGUACGGCGGAGAAGAAAGUACCGGAAUUCCGGAUAAUCACGUCAGGGUUUACACUCGGAUGAUCCUCCAAGCUCUCUCCUCGAUCCACUCUCUCGGCUACGUCCACUGUGAUAUCAAGCCGCGCAACAUUCUAGCCUUUCCUGGGUCGCCGGCGGCCGCGGCAGAGUCCGGAAACAGGGGAGAGGAGGGGAUUCGGAAAUUGAAGGUCGCAGAUUUCGGAUUGGUGGUAGAGACGUGGAAGCUGAUUCAAGGGAGUCAUAACAAGCAUAGGGGAAUGACGAGAUAUGUGCCGCCGGAGGUGGUGGUGGAUGGGAGAGUGACGUCGGCGAUGGAUAUUUGGGCGUUGGGGUGUACAGUUCUGGAGAUGCUCACCGGAGAGAUACCGUGGACCAGGCUGCACGACGUUGAGGAUGUGUUGAUGGAGGUCAGGAACGGAUGCCGGCCGGAAUUUCUAGGAUAG